UCGUGUUUCUUUGUAUGCGUAAAAAUUAUUUCGUUAUUUAUUGUAAAGGAAGGCCUAACAUUCGUAAUAAACUCAUUAAAAACACUGCAAACGUGAUAUAUAUUUAGUCUAAAUUACUCCAAUUGCAAUCAAUUAUAUAAUAAUUCGCAACAUGGAACUCAAUGAAGCAAAUUUGCAACUGCUUGCCGGUUAUUUGCAACAGACGCUCAGUGCUGAUCCAAAUGUGCGCAGGCCGGCUGAAAAGCUGCUCGAAUCGACGGAACUGCAGCAAAAUUAUUCCGUACUAUUACUUAACCUAAUCGACAAAGCCGACAUGGACAUGACAAUACGCGUGGCCGGCGCCAUUGCCUUCAAGAACUAUGUGAAACGUAAUUGGGCGGCGCAUGAGGACAGCAACGGACCGGAUCGCAUACACCAGAGCGAUCGCAACACAAUUAAAACCCUGAUUGUCUCACUGAUGUUACAUUCACCGACAGCGUUGCAAAAACAGCUCAGCGAUGCCGUUAGCAUUAUAGGCAAGCACGACUUUCCCAAAAAAUGGCCGCAGUUGAUCGAUGAAAUGGUGGAAAAGUUUGCGUCCGGCGAUUUUAAUAUAAUCAAUGGCGUGCUACAGACUGCGCAUUCGCUUUUUAAACGUUAUCGGUACGAGUUCAAAUCCCAAUCGCUGUGGGAGGAGAUUAAGUUCGUGCUAGAUCGCAUGGCUAAGCCCCUGACAGAUUUACUGCAGGCCACCAUGCAGCUGGCUAAAGUGCAUGAGAACAAUGCGCAAGCCCUCAAGGUCAUCUAUAGUUCACUGGUGCUGGUGAACAAGGUCUUCUUCUCGCUGAACUCUCAAGAUUUACCCGAGUUCUUUGAGGACAACAUGAACACCUGGAUGGGAGCAUUUAUACAGCAGUUGGCUAGCGAUGUGCCUUGCUUGCGCACGGACGAUGACGAGGAUGCAGGCGUGCUGGAACAUUUGCGUUCACAAGUGUGCGAGAAUAUUUGCCUAUAUGCGCGCAAAUACGAUGAGGAAUUUAAGCCCUACAUGGAACAGUUUGUCACUGCAGUCUGGGAGUUGCUGGUCAAGACCAGUCUGCACACAAAAUUUGAUGCGUUGGUGUCCAAUGCACUGCAAUUUCUUUCGGUGGUGGCUGAACGAAAACAUUAUCAGGGAAUUUUUGAAAAUCCCGAAAUUUUGGCACGCAUUUGCGAAAAAGUUGUCAUACCCAAUUUGGACAUACGACCUUCGGACGAGGAAUUGUUCGAAGAUAGUCCAGAUGAGUAUAUCAGACGUGAUAUUGAGGGCUCAGACAUAGAUACACGCCGACGUGCUGCCUGCGAUUUGGUCAAGACAUUGUCGCAAAACUUUGAGCAAAAGAUCUUUGGCAUAUUCAGUCAGUAUCUUGAAAUUUUGUUGAAUAAGUACAAGGAGAAUCCGGUAGCCAAUUGGCGUUCCAAGGACACGGCCAUAUAUUUGGUCACAUCAUGGGCUUCACGCGGUGGAACACAGAAACAUGGCAUUACACAGGCCUCAGAGCUGGUGCCGUUACCUACAUUCUGUGGCCAGCAUAUAAUACCUGAACUGGAACGCGCAAAUGUUAACGAAAUACCUGUGCUCAAGGCAGCUGCCAUUAAAUUUAUCAUGGUAUUUCGCACGUUGUUGGGCCCCCAAACACUGGCAAAUUGUCUGCCUCAGCUUAUUCGCCAUUUGUCAGCCGAGAGCAUUGUGGUGCACAGCUAUGCGGCCUGUUCGCUUGAAAAGAUACUCUUUAUGCGCGAUAGCAACCAGACUCUUAUAUUUGGAGCACAAGUACUGGCUCCGCAUUCAAAUGCUUUAAUUAGCGGCCUGUUUGCCACUUUAGCAAUACCAGGAUCAGCGGAAAAUGAAUAUGUUAUGAAAGCUAUUAUGCGCAGCUUCCACUCUCUGGAAGGAGCUGCAAUGCCUUUUAUGGGCGUAGCCUUGCCGCGUCUUACCGAAAUUCUUACACUUGUGGCCAAAAAUCCGUCACGUCCGCACUUUAAUCAUUACCUCUUCGAAACCUUAUCGCUGAGCAUCAAAAUCGUUUGCCAAGCAGAAGCCUCAGCGGUUGGUUCCUUUGAGGAGGCACUUUUCCCAGUUUUUCAGGGCAUUUUACAACAGGAUAUUGUAGAGUUUAUGCCAUAUGUUUUCCAAAUGCUCUCUUUGCUGCUGGAAGUGCGUGAAGGUAGCGGCACCAUACCAGAACCAUACUGGGCGCUCUUCCCUUGUCUGCUGGCGCCGCCACUCUGGGAUCGAUCGGGCAAUGUUUCGCCACUUAUUCGUCUUAUCUCCGCAUUUAUUAAACAGGGCUCAGCGCAAAUUCAAAGUCUGGGCAAAUUGGGCGGCAUUCUGGGCGUUUUUCAAAAAAUGAUCGCCUCCAAGGCUAAUGAUCACGAAGGAUUUUAUUUGCUGCAGAAUCUACUCAAUUAUUAUCCUGCUGCCGAAAUGCAGACGAACAUGCGACAAAUCUUUGCGCUGCUCUUCCAACGUCUAUCACUUUCAAAGACGCCCAAGUAUUUGAAUGGCAUCAUUGUUUUCUUCUGCUUCUACAUGAUAAAACAGAAUCCUAGCUCGUUGGUGCAGCUCAUAGAUGGCAUACAGCCAGGCAUGUUCGGCAUGGUGCUGGAGCGCGUCUUCAUUACGGACAUCACCAAAGUCCGAAAAGAGUUGGAACGAAAGAUGGUUGCUGUGGGCAUCACAAAACUGUUGACCGAAUGCCCGGAAAUGCUCACACCAGCUUAUGUGUCGUUUUGGGUGCCAUUGUUGCAUGCACUGAUUGAUUUAUUCGAACGACCUGUCGAAAAGUUGGUGAACAUAGAGGCAGACUCUGAGGUCUUUGGGGCAGGAGCAGGGCCAGAAUUGGAUGCAGCGCCCGGCUAUCAAGCGGCAUUCUCACAGCUAAGUUUUGCACAGCCCAAGGUGAACGAUCAUGUUGCCGAGGUAAGCGAUGUGCGGAAGUAUUUGGCCAGCUCAUUGGCAAAGUUUGGACAGGCGCGGCCAGGUGAAGUGCCGGCACUGAUGGGCUCGAUUAAUGCAGAGUAUAAACAGAUGUUGCAGAAAUAUUGCGAUCAAGCCGGCGUUUCAAUUGUUUAAAUUUCGUUUACACUCAACUCAUAGCGUCACACACACACACACUCAUAUACAAACACACUGUUUAUUAUUGCCGUGCAUAAAUUGUUUUUAAAUUAAUUAUUCGAUAUGAUAAAAAUUAUAAAUGUAAACAAUAAAAA